AGGCCUCAUGGCAGAUCUUUAUUGCCAGUAUGAAAGAACGCCAUAUUUCGAUCGUCAUAGUGGCAUGACUUAUGAGGAGUACCAUCAAGCUAUAGAGAAGUCUACCUGCUUGUACAUUGGCAACCUUUCGUAUUUCACCACAGAGGCUCAAAUUUACGAAUUUUUCUCGAGAUGUGGGGAGGUCAAGAGGGUGAUCAUGGGGCUCGAUCGCUUCCAGAAGACACCUUGCGGCUUCUGCUUCGUUGAGUAUUACACUGAAGAAGAUACUGAAGCUUCCAUCCGAUACCUGAAUGGACUGAAGCUGGAUGAUCGUCCAAUCAGACUUGAUAGAGACCCAGGAUUUGUGGAGGGACGGCAGUAUGGACGAGGAAAAAGUGGAGGACAGGUCCGCGACGAGUAUCGACUCGACUUUGAUUUGGGGCGCGGAGGGUUUGGAAGAGUUUGUCAGGUCGCAGGAGCAGUGGACAUUGAAGCGGCUCAAAGCGCGUCUCGCCGUUCAGGAGGAAUUUACGCAUCUGGUGGAGUCAGUUCGAGGAAUGAAGAGCUUGACAAGCGAUUCAAGAAUCGCGAUCUCACCCGCGACCGCGAUGAGGACGACAAGUCUGGUCGAAAACGCAACAGAGAAUCGGGUGACGAGAACGAUGAGGAAGCUCGCGCGAGGCGACGAAGAGGUCGAGGAGAAGAUUCCGACAGCGAUUAAUUCGUCUAGAAUCUGCUGGAAGUUGCCUGACUACAAUCCUGUUCGAUCUUCUAGGCUCCCCCUUGUCAUGGUCUGCGAAUCUUGGCGCGUCUGCUAUGUCCCUGGGG